UAACAAUCCAUUCAUCUUCACCAAACUUCAACUCUUUAGACAAUAAGAUGAAAGUUUUUGGUCUCUUUAUUAGUUUUACUCUUUUGUUCCUCUGUCCCUUCUUGUCUCAAGCUGAUGUGCCGGAACUCAGCCGCGAGCCGCCUCGUCCCAUUGUCUUUGUCCCUCAUGACCGCUCUAAAUCCGAUCCACAACAGGUGCAUGUAUCACUGGCGGGUAAGGACCACAUGAAAGUAACAUACAUAACGGAAGACAAGAAAGUGGAGUCGGUGGUGGAAUACGGUAAGACCUCGGGAAAGUACGAUGUAAAAACUACCGGAGAAUCCACUUCUUACAAAUACUUCUUCUACAGUUCCGGCAAGAUCCACCACGUCAAGAUCGGACCUCUAGAACCCAGUACCACUUACUAUUACAAGUGCGGCUACAACGGUCCUGAGUUUUCGUUCAAGACUCCUCCGUCAUCUUUCCCGGUUGAGUUCGCCAUAGUUGGCGACCUAGGCCAAACCGAAUGGACAGCAGCAACAUUAGCUCAGAUAAAGAGCCAAGACUACGACGUCUUUCUACUACCGGGUGACCUCUCCUACGCCGACACUAACCAACCACUUUGGGACUCCUUUGGCCGCCUGGUUGAGCCACUUGCGAGCAAGCGUCCUUGGAUGGUAACACAGGGAAACCACGAGAUUGAAUUCUUCCCAAUCAUUGAACACACAACCUUCAAGUCAUACAACUCCCGGUGGCUCAUGCCUUAUGCAGAGAGCCUCUCUGAGUCCAACCUUUACUACUCUUUUGAUGUUGCUGGUGUCCACACGAUUAUGCUCGGUUCUUACACCGACUUUGACUCUGAUUCCGAUCAGUAUCAGUGGCUCCAAGCUGAUUUGGCAAAGGUUGACCGGAAAACGACACCGUGGGUGAUAGUGUUGCUACACGCGCCUUGGUACAACACAAACGAGGCGCAUGAAGGUGAAGGAGAGAGCAUGAGGGAAGCUAUGGAGUCUUUGCUCUAUAAUGCUCGCGUCGACGUCGUUUUUGCCGGCCAUGUUCAUGCCUACGAACGUUUCAAGCGGGUAUAUAACAACAAGGUUGAUCAGUGUGGGCCUAUAUACAUAACCAUCGGUGACGGAGGCAACCGAGAAGGCCUUGCUACAAAGUUUAAGAAGCCUCCUUCCCCUUUAUCGGCAUUCCGGGAAUCGAGUUUUGGACAUGGGAGACUAAAGGUUAUAGAUGGAAAACGAGCACAAUGGUCGUGGCAUAGAAACAAUGACUCGAACACAGUUCUUGCUGAUGAAGUCUGGCUCGAGAGUCUUAGUUCAUCAUCAUCAUGUUGGACUUCAAGGGAAUCCAAUGAUGAGCUCUAGAUCAUCAUACCAGCUGACAUUUUACUCUUUGUUUUUCCUUUGAUCGUUCGUAGAAGAAAAAGAAGAACUACACACAUUCAUUUGUUAUAAGAUCACAUUCUUAUAAGACAUUUUGUAUUUGGGAAUUUAUUGGGAGUUUAUGUUCAAGUAUUGCCUGCUUAUGUUUUAGGUUAUAACAUUGUUAGUUUGUAAGAUAGAUGGGUGAUUGUCAUAUACUGGACUUAUCUUUACACGUUACUUCGUUUCUCUGAAUUUGUUACUUAAUUUGUA